AUGUCUGCAGUUGAACGUUCAGUGGCCCGUCGUGAUCGCCGUCCUACUGAGAGAGCUCAGUAUAUCUCUGAGACUCACAAGGACAAAGAAAAUCGCCAGCACCAGCAGGUCAAUAAGGCCCAUGAACGUCAAGAGAAGGCUCGUCAGAAGGCAAGCAAGGCUGCCGAACGCGAAGCUUACAAGAACAAUACUGGACGCACUCAAGUCUCCACAGUGCUGUCGAGUGACGAUCCUGGUUUUACAAGUCAAACUGUGUCAACACCUGCCAGGGACCCGAACUUGGUUGCACGGAAAAGUACAGUGCCACUCGCACCACACCGGGUCACAUUGAACAAGACUCCACGUCUCAACACAUUGACACCAGAAAAAGCUGCUGAGCUGUUGCGUCUGCGUGAGGCUGUGCUGGCCAAACAAGCAAUGAGUCCGGUUGCGGCAUUGUCUCGAGCCUACUAUGUCUACUCAAUUGCAGGUGGUCCCCACCCUAGUUCGAGCCUCAACAAUACUAUGACUCGCUCUCCUAGCCCAACUGAUGAGGCCCUAUUCGACGAAGCUAUUGAAGGCUUGGUCGACUUCAACAUGGAUGGGGACCAGGGUAAUGACUCGCUCGUGGCUGACAACAACAACUAUAUUGGUGAUGAAGGUAGUAGGUCCCCAUCCCCCAGCAUCGAAUGUGUGGGCAAACGUCGCUGUGGAGCAUCUGAUGGUGACGACAACAGCGAGCCAGUGCGGAAGGCUGUCAAGAUACAGGAAAGUAAGGGACGGCCGAAGGCUGCUGAUUAUGAACCAUCUGUUCGCACCAUCUUCGGCAUGGCAUGGGCACUCUAUCGUGGCCGUCUCUGCACAGAGGGUCCCAUGCCUGACCGUAUGCAGGAGGUGACGUGGGCCAAGUUAGCAUGGAAUGAAGCAUGUAAGAGGCUACAUACUCAAGUUGCUUAUGAUGCGGAGAUUUUAAAAAUGAUCACUUCGCGAGGUUCCCACCUUCGUGGUGAAGUCAAGACUAAGGUCCGGCCAUAUGUUGCAGAUGAGUACAGGUUCGAGACGAGCACCAAGCAAUCUGUCAUCGAUCGCAACAUCAUGCUUGCACGAGAACUCAAGAAGGAUUUUGCCUUCACUCGCUCCCCUGAUGGUAACAAAGGCUUAUACAGUGCCAAGAUUAUCCAGAAGGGGGUCAACACCAUAUGGUUCCGCGACAAGAAAGAUGAAGGUGUGCUAUAUCCCGAGUUCUACAAACCAUUCCCAGAGGUUGCCUUUGCAUUGCUUUUGACUGCGAUUGAAAGUUGCAUCGAUGAGUGGAGCAGUGGAGCUCAAACGAACAAGAUGUUCACUGUGGAUGAGUAUCAGGAUGUGCUCAACGAACAUCUCAACAACCUCGCAGACUUUGAUGAACACACCAAGGCUCAAGGCCUGCUACCCAAGCUUUUGUCAUGUCUGCAUGAUAAUGGCCGCAUUUACUCAAAGGCUGACCCACUUGGUCAUGAAAUUGGCCGCACGAUGGCUCGUAGUGCAUUCGAGGCUGCGAUCGAGGAGUACAAUGAAUGCAGGGGUGUAUCAAGUGAUGAUGAGGAUGAUGAGUAG